AACAUGGCUACAAGCGAGCAGCUACUAGUUACCAUAGUUACACUACUAGUUACCACAGCUACAAGCGAGCAGCUAACAACAACACACAGUUUCACAUCACCAACAAGCUCUGCUUCGUAUAAACCUCCAGACAAAAUAAUCCUAUUCGCGAAUACUCCUGCACCAGAGCCUGGGUUAUUCAUCAAUCCUGGUAAUAUCUACGACAUUGAUACAAUAACGAGCACUGAGAUGCUGAGUACUAAGAUGUCUAAGACAGUGAUGGUUAACAACACUACCCUGAGUGAGGAGGGUCCGGAGAACAUGGUGGAAACUAUGAUAACUGGAGAUGGGUUUAGUGGGCCGGCUGAUGUUGCUUUGGGGUGCUUGGUGAUUGUGAUGUGUGUCGUCGCUCUGACAGGCAACACCUGGUCGAUGGCGUACUUCAUGGAGAAGAAGAAGAAGUCAAUACAUUCCCUCAUGUACAGCUUUAUGAGCAUCAUCGACAUCACCUCCUCCCUCAUAUCAAUCCCUGUCAUUGUCACACUCUUCAGUUCCCGUGUUCCUGUGAUGUUUGGUAACGGAGCCUUCUGUCUCAUCUGGACUGUCCUGUUUUACUACCUUCUCAGGAUUUCAAUCUUCCUGGUUCUUCUCAUCAGUGUGACUAGGACAAUGGGAAUGACUUUCCCAGUACACCGAGUGAAAAGAAGUGCUGUGAUUUUAUCACUAGGGGUUUACAGUGCUUUUAUCCUUAUCAUCGAUAUUAUUUAUCUUGCAACUGGCUUGUUGGAGAUGAGGUAUAGAAAAGAGGAUACUUUCUGUGAAAUGUUUGAACCAGCAGGCGCACAAAACCAUGGACCGGGCAGGUUUUACACGAUUCUUCUGAAGCUAGAGCUGAUUGUCCCGUCAAUUCUCGUUCUUGUUAGUUUUAUUGUUGCUACAGUGCUGCUUUUCAAACAGAUGGAGGGCCGGAGGAAGAUGUUGAAGGAUGAUACAGAGUUGAGGUUCGCAACCGUCACAGUGGCUCUCUUCACUGCAACAUUCCUUAUCUGUAAUCUGCCAUGUUUCUGUAUUCAACUCAUCUACUUCACAUCUCUAUUCCAUCCGGAUGUGCAGAGAAACGUCAGAGGUAACGAGGGUUUCAAAUAUUACGCGCAUCUGAUCACAGUGUUCCUCCUCCCCCUCCUCAACUCUUCACUAAACCCCUGUCUGUAUCUCACGAGGAUGCCGCAGUACAGAACCUGGAGCUCCAGUCGGUCUAUUGAGAUCAGGAUUAAAGGAAAAAGAUGGACUUUACUAUCAGCUAAAUCCCAGUCCUCCGUGGCGUGAAUACGAUGUUACCAUAGUUACACUACUAGUUACCAUAGUUACACGGUCAUGAAUACGAUUAUACGAUGUUGUCACAUUGAAACGUUGAAUAAUUCCUUUCCUGAUAAGAGCCUUUUCCUUGUCGCAUCAAACGGGAUCAAUAGAAAUUUACCCAAGAUAACGACGCAAUUAAGAAGCAAUUAGUUUACAAUUAAUAUGGCCGAGGCAAAGAGCAGUCAUUCAGGGUAUUGCUAGAGUCGGAAAUUGGAAAAACUUAUGAAAAAUUCCUUUUUUUUAUUAGUGCAUGCUAUCAAAGACGUAAAAUCUUUUGUAAACUUAUGAUACACUCACCUACAGCAACCAACCUAUGAUAAAUGAACAACUCAAAAACACUUCCCAUAUUAUGUUCAACUAAAGCCAUUUCUUUUCAACAUAUAAUUGAUUAUCUGCCAAGUUCGUUAAUAACAUUGAUUUUAUAGUUAAAACGU